CAGCGAACAGGAAUGCACCCGGAGACGGACCCCAAAAGGGCGCCGUGCCAAAGACAAUUGUCGUUGCCAGGAACACUGCCUGCAGUUCAUGUCAGUUUAUUCCAACGCAGAACACCAUACCUGGCAAGCCGGAUACAAAGAACUUUAAAAGCUGUGUUGUUCUGAAGAAGGUGAAUACUCAGCUGGACAAGUUCAAACACUGAUUUUAAACUGAUAACAAGGAAGAGUUGUCAUUCACAUUGUGCACUGUGGGGCGUGAAACGGUACAACAUAGAUCGUGACAGAGGCAUCAACCAGAAGACGCGGGGACUCUUAUUUCAACUUGAACCAUUCGAGGAAUAUGUUAAAUAUGAAAUUCGGAAUAGGGUUAUUUUUUGUAUUUUUUGCAGCUGUAAGGUGUCAGAGAGAUCGGACCCGAGAGAAUGGUACGUAUGGGUCUGAUGUCGUCGAGGGCGUGAUGAGUGCACUGCGAGACGCAUGCAUUUUCCCCGAUGAUAAGCUGUUUCUGAGACGAAUUGCCUACGUCGAGUCCAAAGAUGGCGCCAGCCCUAAAACAUACCGUGAUGGGUAUAACGGGGGGAUAUGGCAGGUUGACGAAACAAUGUUCAAUGAAACAAAGACCAAGAUGGGAAAGUCAUUUUAUGCAACGGUCACAAACAAGCUUGGCAUUGAUUGGUCAAACGUGACCUGGUCUGACCUCCGCAAACCCCUGUAUUCCGGCCUUGCGGCUGCCAUGUACCUCCUGGGCAAAGGAGCGCCUUGGCUUAUCCCGUCCGCCAUCGAUGAACAAGAACAGUAUUGGAAAUCUCACUACAAACCCACAGGAACAAACGGAACAUUUGUCCCCCUUUCGAAAGAACUUGAUUUAGGUUGCCACAAGGACGAGCAAGUAGAUCUUCUCUUCCUCAUCGACACGACCCCGAACGCCGUGUUUGACUCGGGUCAUAUCACCACGUUUAUGAAGAAUUACAUCCAAUCUCUUCACAUUGACCAUGACCACGCCCAGAUUGCAGUGGAGAGUUACGGCGCUGACCCCAAAGUGGACAUCCCGUUGGGCUCCUAUUCGACCAAGCAGAGCCUGUUGAACACCAUCAGCGCUUUGACCAUCAACCAAGGGACAGCCAAUUUACCCAAGGCUCUCCAGUUGGCAUCAGGAGUCUUCAUGUCAAACAAAGGUUCUCGCACUAACGCUGCCAAGACAAUCAUUCUGUUUUCUAGCACUCCAAUGAACAUGUCUUAUGAGGGUAUCUUGGCAUCAAUUACACUGAAGAACCAGGGCGUGUCUAUAUACACUGUGGGGACGGGGCUCAAUAGUGCCGCGCUGGGCCAGAUUGCCAGUGCACCUGCCUGUGCCCACACCUACACCGUGGCUGACUUUAGAAGACUUGAGGCCUUGCACCCAUAUGUUGCUCGAACAUCGUGUAGAGUGGCGGUCGGGCUACAGCCUGGUGAAUACAAAUACCCCUGUGGCUCGAAUGUGUUAGUUCGAGUACAAAGCAGCUCGGUUGGGGCUACAGUGAAGGUACAUGUGACAAACGGAACGGCAGAAGUCUUUGGCAGCUACGUUAGUACUCAACCAAGCAAAGAUCUAAAUGACGUCAACCACACUGUUACACCAACACAGUCCGUCUCCAUCUUCAUCCGAGACCAGAGACCUUUGACCCUGGCUGUCAACACAGAACACCGCCAUCUUGCGUCUUGCUAUGGAGACAUUAAGAUCACCGUGGAUCCUUCUGUUUCAAAGAGGACAGAAUGCCAGGAUAAAACCCCUGAUAUUAUCCUUCUACUCGAUUCGUCAAAGAAUAAAUCAGAAAGUGACUUCCAAAAUAUGAAAGAAUUCGCCUCAAGAUUUGCCAAUCAGUUCAAGAUCGGCGCAGAUGCUGCCCAGAUAGGCUUAGUGACAUAUGCAGACAAGGCCUCCAACAGAUUCUGGCUCAACACCUUCAAUACACAGGAGUCACUUCAACGCGCCAUCCGCAUCCAGGCUCUCUACGGGAACAAGUCCAACUUAGCAGUGGCUCUGAAGUAUAUUCGGGAAGAGGCGUUGCAACCCAUUAAUGGAGAAAGGCAACAUUCGAGUAAGGUUCUUGUGGUCGUGACUGGAAGUCCGGCACAGAAUGCGGUGGAGCUUCUGCGAGAAGCUCAUUUAAUCCAAAACGAAGGCGUGAGGGUCGUUGUGGUUGCGGUCGGAGAAGCGGCUAAGGAUCCCAUCAUUCAAGGGACAGCGUCUGGUCUGGUGCACCUCCAGAAACUCUCAGGAUAUAGCGACCUGCCCGGGGCUGCUGGCAAAGCAGUGGUGGAGAGCUGUGGAGAUGUACAACUUGUCUGUAUGGAGAACGGACUACAGAGAAACUGCCGCAUUGAAGAUUUGCUGGCGAGUCAGUUUGCGUCCUUAAUUGUCCCAGAACAUGGCUCAAUCCCUAACAGCCCGUGCAGUAUUCGCCUACCAGUCCCUCUGCCAAUUCAGAGAUUCCCUCACCCGACGGACAAGGACAAGUUCAUCCUCUGUGACAACCACGGGCAGAGCUACCUUGUUCUUUGUCCUCUCGGAGAAGUCUUUAAUGCAGUAAUAACAGAGUGCGAACUUCCAACAUCUCCCCGACCAAGCACUUCUCCCACGCUAACAUCCGGUGCACCCUUCAUGACGCUUCCAGCAGCAUCACCUUCAACCCCAUCCUCAACAGCAACAUUGCCGUCUUCAUCUAACCCUUGCUCUGGGGAGACCAUCUCUCAAGGUCUGUACUUCCAUCCGUACAUCCCCGACCCCCACAAAUUCAUCCACUGCACCGGUAUGCCCAAUGCUUCCAAUCUGGAAUCUUGUCCAGCGAUGAAGAUCUGGCGACAGGCGAUCGUACAAUGUGAAAAUGAGUACCUCACGGAUGAAAUGGGUAAAGCAAUCACGUCUCUGCCUAACCCUUGCAUGUCUGGCACCCCAGGGUUCUUCCCACACCCGUUCGACAAGAACUCCUACAUCCAGUGUGAUGCUUGGGGGGAGGGGUUCCUCAAGAAGUGCCAGUCUGGCCUGGUGUUUGUACCAGUGCAGGACACGUGUGAGCGACAGCCGAACCUGACUGUAGACCCGAUACUGAGUCGUGACAGCUUGGGAGGAAAGAUGUUUCGCUUAUUCAUCUCGAUCGCGCUGUUGGGUCUUUUGCAAGCCCAAACACAGGAUCAGACUCUAGUUCCAGGUUCAUAUGGGCCUGAAGUGGUGCAAGCAGUGGUUAAUAGAGUCCGAGAGUCGUGUCUGUUCCAAGAUGACAAGUUGUUCCUCAGACGCCUGGCCUAUGUGGCAUCACAAGAUGGCAAAGACGCCAAGACCUACAGACCAGGCUACGAUGGGGGCAUAUGGCAGAUCGACCAGGACAAGUUCAACAUGAUCAAGAACACUGGCACCCUGUUCUCGGACGUCAGUUCGCAAUUUGCCAUCGACUGGAGCACUGUUCAGUGGUCAGAUCUCAGAAAGCCUCUGUACUCCGGGCUCGCUGCUGCUCUCUACCUGUCUACCAUUAGCGAACCCCUCCCACAGGGUGUGGAGAAGCAAGGCUCCUUCUAUGGGAAAUACUUCUUCGUUGAUCCCCAUGCUGCAAACCUGUUUUACAAAGGCUCUAAAAGUUUUGAUAUCGUCUGUGCAAGAACUAACCUUGAUCUCGCUUUCCUGGUGGAUGCCUCGUCUAGUCAGUCUCCGGAGGAUUUCGAAAGUGCCAAAAAGUUUGCACAUGAAGUCGUCGACAACUUUCAAAUUGGCACAGAUGAUGUCCGCGUUGCUUUCGUGACGUUCAGCACCGGCUUCAAAUCCCAGUUUGACUUCAAGCAAUACAGCGACAAAGCUGCUCUCCAGAAAGCCAUUGAUGGCAUCGUUAUGGACAAUGGGGAAACAGAUACCAAUCUAGCUCUGAACUACGCUUCUGGAAACCUCUUCACGCCAGCCAUGGGAUCCAGAGACGGGGCGUCUAAAGUGAUAAUCCUUCUGACAGAUGGCCAGUCGAGUUACCCGUCGAAAACCCUUUCUGCUGCUUUGGGCGUACGCAGCAAAGGAAUCACCAUUUUCGCCAUUGGUGUAGGCGACGGCAUUGACAGCCAAGAACUGAGAAGUGUUGCUAACAAGCCCUACUGUACCCAUGUGAUAGAGCUGAAAGGCUACUCCGACCUUGGCGCUCUUGUAAGCCAAAUUCAGCAGGUGUCCUGUUUAGCACCAGCUGUUCUGAGUCCAGGCACCUAUAAGUAUCCUUGCUCGAGUGGCGGUCUGUACCAGAUCUUUACCAACGGGUCCCUGGUACAAGUAACGAUUGACGUUACAGAUGGUAUGGUGGAUAUCUAUGGAUCGUUGAAUAAUCCAACUCCCAACCUCGCCGGUAGUGACUUUUUCAGCAAUUCAGUGCUUAGUGCAGCGUCUGUGGUUCUGAUCGACCAGGAACUGAAGCCACUGUACCUCAACAUCACACCUACAGGGCCGCCGAACGGCUGCACCGGCAGCUACACCAUUAAGAUCGGCAACGUUGAGAGAGUCAACCCAAAUGUUAAAGUUACAUGCAUCGAGCAUGACGUCACUACAGCCUGCUCUGUGGCCAACAUAUACGAGCAUCUGUACCACUACCAACAACCACCCUACAACUUCAUCAAUCCCUGUACACCUGGAAAGCCUGGCUAUAUGAUUCACCCAUUCGACCAGACCAAGUUCCUCAUCUGUGGGCCAACCGGAAUCGUCUAUGUCUUCCAGUGUGACCCCCAUUACGUAUACGACCCAUCCAUCAUGGACUGUAUCCCCGGAGAGCCGAGUACGCAAGCCCCCACAACGACGCCAACAACCACCCCCGCACCCACCAUCAAACCCACAUCCCGUGUGACAGAGGUCCCUCCUGGCACAAGCCCUUGCAACGCAGGCACGAAGGGUCAGUUCUUCCCUUACCCUCCCAAUCCUGCUAAAUACAUAGACUGUUCCAACUGGCCCCAUUACGGCUACAUCAAGGACUGCGACAAGGGAACAUACUGGGACCAGAGAGACCUCACCUGUACAUUCAAAGAUGUCGUGAUUGAUCCAACCACUAACACGUUCGACAAGAAUGUUCCUAACCCAUGUCGAAAUCCUAUGAAGCAAGGGGAUCUGUUCUACUACCCCCACCCAACGGAUGUGCACAUGUACAUCCACUGUGAUCAAUACGGCGACGCCUUUGAGAAGCACUGUCCAGACAAGCAGUUGUGGCGUCAAAAGUUACUCCAGUGCGUGCCACAAGGACUCAUAGUUGGUUAAAUCUUCUCUUUUAAUGUUAGGCCAUGAAUAAAAGUUGUUUCUAUCCAGGGCCCACUUGCGCACAAAGCGAUCUUAGCGCUAAGACUAUCGUACGCCUAUGUUAAAGUAUGGGAGUUAUGAUCAUCUUAGCGCUAAGAUCGCUUUGGGCGAGUGGGCCCAGAAACGUAUUCGUAAUGGCCACAUAACCAGACUUUUCUUGCAUAUAUUUCGCAGUGGGCAGAAAGUCAAACAGCCAUUAUAGUGGGAAGGGAAGACAACUCUUCUGCUAUAAUCCGGGCUAUAUCAGGCUUGAUUUUCAUACACAUAAUUCACUGGACAGAAAACAAAACGUAUUGUAGCCCUGAAAAAAACAUCGUCCACACCUCACGUUGAGGAGAACCAUUUGGGAUUUUCAUUGGCUGUUAGUCUGUGCUCCCCGAAAAUAGUCCCCGAAAAUUUGUAAUAGACAAUGAUAACUAUUUGGCAGAAAAUCUUUGGAUUGUUGUUCUUACAUUUAAACUGUGACAAUGUUAGUUCAUUUUCUUGAUAACCAGAUUUAAUGUUAUGUAUGUCGUUCAACAUUGACCACAAUGUUUAAACCUGACUAUGUAAUAAACAGUUUCCUUUGAA